AUUCUCAAGAUCGAGCCUGCCACAACAAUCAAUCGUUGAACAUCGCAGCUUUCUUUAAGAUGCCCACCGAUCUAUUCAAGUGGGAGGACGGAGCAGGUCUCCACCACCACUGUCCAAUUUGCAAAGCACCGCUCCACCACGAAAAAUCUCGAAGUCGAUGCCUCGGCGUCCACGUAGAAUGGUGUCAUCGAUAUCAUACCCUGUUCCGCAAAAAUUGGAGCUCUCGCUGUCAGGCGUGCAAGAUCUGUGACGAGCAGGAGAGGAAACGGCACCGAGAGAUUGCCGAGAUCCUGGAGAAGAUAAGAAGGUUGAAAAUAAAUCAAGACACAUCAAGCACUGCUUCCCGAUUGAUCAACGCACCCGACAGCCUCGAAGAAGACGAAGAGCUCGUGACUACGAUCCCGUUGAAAAGGGAUCGGAAGUUGAUGAGAAAGGCGAUCAAGGCAAUUGAAAGGGACAAAGCCAUCACUGCUGCGGACGUGGAACACGUGAAGCAGGUCCUCUACCCGCAAGCAGACGCAACGGACGAAGACCAGGACAUAGCGAUGAAUUUGGCGUUCCAUGGGGCGACGUGCAACGACAAGUCGGUCAGAUUCGGCCUCAUCGAGCGAGACACUCAGACCGGCGAUUCGAAAGAGGAUGAUGUCGAAUUACAGCGCAUCCUGGCCGAGUUCGGAAUUGCGACAAACGUGGACGCGGCGGCCACCUCCCUCAUGUCCGACCUCGUUGCAGCCAUCUUGCACGAUCUCGAAUGCCAUCGCAACGAAAUGAGAAACUUCGCAAGAAACCGAGCUGGGUUUUGGCGAUGGGCUACUAGCAAGGCACUCUCUCUGCAAAUCGAGCACGGAGGAGCUUGGGAUGCCAAACCCAGCGUCGCUACUUUCGCUGACGAAUCAAAACAUAGAGCAGACGAGAACAUUCGCAAACUCCCCGACCUCCAGAGCGCCGACACCACUACCUUUUUCACCAGAUCUCAUUCGUCCCAGUCACCGCCAGCAACCGACCAGACUCUGCUCUCAGUUAAAAAGACUGGACUCAAGCGUUCCGCUUUUACGAGCGGAGCGCAAGCUCCGACAAAUACUAGGCUCGCCAAUCCAUGGAUGACCCAGUUGCGAACAAAGAACGGCAAGAAGUUUCCCCUCAGAGAAGGCCGCACAGUCAAAUUAUCAUCAAACAAUGGCCUUCAUCAUCUCAGAGUCAAGACGGACCCGAGAUCCUGGCACGACUUCGCGACUUACUCACAUGCUUCCACCAGCGGCGAGGAAUAUAUGCACUACGACAGUGAUUGUUGAUUGAAGUGGAUGUCAGUCUCUAACCGAGGCGCGAUGUGCUCGUCGCGAUCGUAUCUUCAAGUUGUUUGUUGGUUCUCGUUGGCUUGUUGUUUGAUGAUUCGGGGUUGAUGUGUAAAUUUGCUUGUUGAACUUUCUACCUUGAGAUAGAGCCUUUUGCAUGAGGCGAUUCCGGCUUUUGAACAUUCUAGUCUCAGGACGAACAACUUUAUACAGCA